AUGGAUGCAGCGAGGAGGAGGGAAAUCGAGUUGCAGAGCCAGACCAAGAGGAAGGACAAUGACACCUCCUCCAAGACAUCCGGAGAUGCCCAGAAAAAGCAAAAGAAGGGUGGUAAGUCAAGGUAUGAGUACAGGCCGUCUUCAGGUCAGGGCGAGAAAAAUCCGUUGAUAUGCUACAACUGUAAAAAGCCAGGGCAUCAUUGGAAGAAUUGUAGGGCUCCCCAUGCAAGUGCAGUUCCUCAGAUUACUUCUACUGCUCCCGUCUGCUAUCACUGCAACGAGACGGGACACAAGAAGCCCGAAUGCCCGAAGUUGAAGGCUGGUAAAGGAAGCGGGGGUACAAAUCUUGCAAUUGCAUCGUCUUCUAAGGGACCCACUAUGGUGACACGAGGUCGUGCUCACCAGAUGACUGCGGAUAAGCCGAUGAUUACCGCGACAGUGGCAGUUAGAAUUGUUUACAUGAUCGUAUGUGGUAAAUCAGGCACUUAUUUGCUAGAUUCCGAGCCUGCUGUUGUUAUGUUUGAUAGCGGUGCUACCCAUUCUUUUGUAUCUCGCACGUUUAUUAAUCGUCUGGGGUGUAGUAUCGAAAAAUUGGCUCGCCCAAUGGUUGUCGAAGUUGCCAACAAUCGCACUAUUUAUGUCACCGAUGUCUAUCGGGGUUGCACUCUCGAGUUUUCUGGAGUUGAAUUCCCUAUUGAUCUUAUCCCUAUUGCGAUGCGAGAGCUCUGCGUUAUCGUAGGCGUGGAUUGGCUUGAUGCGUUUGAUGCGGAAAUCCACUAUCGUAAGAAGCAAGUUCGUGUUCGAAACCCUAGAGGUGGAGAACUUAUUAUUCAGGGGGACAUUACCCGCCUGGCUAUGGCUUCUUGCUCUUCUGCUAUAGCACUAGACGACGUUCCUAUUGUUUCCGACUUCAGCGAUGCGAAGACCAGCCAUCGUCUGCUGAAGGGAAGCAAUAUCCCCACGAAGGUCAAGGUAAUGCUGGUGUGGCGUCUUCAUAGUUUGGGUGUUGAGUGGAUGAAGAUGGUCGAUCAAACGGUGCAUGUGGUUCCCUACGUGGGUGAGGUGGUAAUUGGAUGUUCGAAGACAACACCCACUCAGUCUCGCUAA